GUGUACAGCAGCGGUGGUUGGAUGUCCUGCUGGCCGCUGGCUGGAACCUGUUGCUCCGUAGUUCCGUGUUGUGCAAUGGACGGCAGUGUCCCCCAAGAUUUAACAGUUGGUACCAAGAGAGGACCUGAAGAGCUUUUCUCCAGCGUCACCAACGGCCCGUAUAUCAUGAGCACCACAGCCAAUGGCAACGACAGUAAGAAGUUCAAAGGUGACUUCAGAGGUCCCGGGCUACCGUCCCGCGUCAUCCACGUCCGCAAGCUUCCCAACGACAUCAGCGAGGCCGAGGUCAUCAGCCUCGGUCUGCCCUUCGGAGACGUCACCAACCUGCUGAUGCUCAAAGCCAAAAACCAGGCCUUCUUGGAGAUGAACUCGGAGGAAGCGGCCCAGAACAUGGUGGGCUAUUACUCCACGGUCAUGCCCAUCAUCCGGCACCACCCGGUCUACGUCCAGUUCUCCAACCACAAGGAGCUCAAGACCGACAACUCCCCCAACCAGGAGCGGGCCCAGGCGGCUCUUCGGGCCCUCACUACGUCUCACGUGGAUAUUGCAGCGCCGCCUCCGAGCACGGUGCUCAGGGUGGUGGUGGAGAACCUGGUGUACCCCGUCACGCUGGACGCCCUCUGCCAGAUCUUCUCAAAGUUCGGCACGGUGCUGAGGAUCAUCGUGUUCACCAAGAACAGCCAGUUCCAGGCGCUGCUGCAGUAUCCUGACGGAGCGUCCGCCCAGUCAGCUAAACUGUCUCUGGACGGACAGAACAUCUACAACGGCUGCUGCACUCUGAGGAUCAGCUUCUCCAAACUCACCAGCCUCAACGUCAAGUACAACAACGAGAAGAGCCGCGACUUCACCAGACCGGACCUGCCCAGCGGAGACAGCCAGCCCAGCAUGGAGCACCCGGGCAUGGCCACAGCCUUCAGUUUGUUCUCCUCAGCUCCAGGUAUCAUCUCAGCCGGUCCCUACGGAGCGCCGCACGCCUUCCCCGCCUUCAACCUCCAACCUACAGUGUCCUCCCACUACCCGGGCCUGGUCCAGACUCUACCCGGCCUGGCCUCGCUGUCCCUCCCUGGCGGCGCCCGGCUGGGGUUCCCCCCCCACAUGUCUGCUGGAGUCUCUGUCCUGCUGGUCAGCAACCUCAACCCCGAGAGAGUUACGCCCCACUGCCUCUUUAUUCUCUUCGGUGUUUAUGGCGACGUGAUGAGAGUGAAGAUUCUGUUCAACAAGAAGGAGAACGCUCUGGUUCAGAUGUCGGACUGCACACAGGCUCAGCUAGCCAUGAGCCACCUGAGCGGCCAGCAGCUGCAUGGGAAACCUCUGCGCAUCACGCCGUCCAAACACACCAGCGUUCAGCUUCCCCGCGAAGGCCACGAGGACCAAGGUCUGACCAAAGACUACAGCAACUCCCCCCUGCACCGCUUCAAGAAGCCGGGCUCCAAAAACUACUCCAACAUCUUCCCACCUUCUGCCACUCUGCACCUCUCCAACAUCCCCCCGUCUGUGGUUGAGGACGACCUCAAGAUGCUGUUUUCCACCUCAGGAGCUAUGGUCAAGGCCUUCAAGUUCUUCCAGAAGGACCACAAGAUGGCUCUGAUCCAGAUGGGCUCGGUGGAAGAGGCCGUGGAGGCUCUCAUCGAGUUCCACAACCACGACCUGGGAGAGAACCACCACCUGCGGGUUUCCUUCUCCAAAUCCUCCAUCUGAGCCUGGGACUCCGGCGUCUCAACCCUCGCCUCCACGGCGUCCACUACACUCAUCAUCAUUCCAACGCAUGUCCAACGCAGAAAACCCCCCACUGGGAAGUCUGGUGUGCAUGAUGUUAAAUUAUUUUUGUAAACUCAUGUUUAAGUUCUUUGCCUUCAAAGAGGAUUAGGGUCAUUGUUAGAAACACUAGAGUCAGAAGUCUGGAUUUAAUGUCAGUGAAAGUCUGGGAAUAAAGUCAGGAUUCUCAGUUUGUCAGCAUUUCUUUGGAAUAACUUAAAAUUAUCAGAUUAUAGUCAGAAUUAUGACUAUGAUCACGUUCGUAUAUUUGUGUCCUUUAAGCCACUCUUGCCUUUUGACUUUAUUCCCAGGAUUAAGGAAUUAAAG